AUGAAGGAUGAAUCUGGUUGCCUGUUUGAAGACGAGCUCUGUACGACCUAUGAGUUCUGCGUCGAUGAUGGAGUGUUUGGAAGAUGCCAGCAGCUCGCCCAUGCAGACCUCAACACAUACGAUAUUUCUCCAUCCGCUCUGCAGCGCCUCAGGAUCCUGCUGCAGAAACUGGCUCACAGAGGUUUGACCUGGCAGGACGACCUCACACAGCAGGUCAUCUCUAGAGAGCUCUCCAAACUGAGGAGCGUCCCUCGCCAUCAGGCCACGCUAUCGAGCCCUCUGGCCGCCCUCAGCAGAUCCAGGGAGCGCAAACUGAGGCCCGCGCAGGCCCAACUCAACGGACACCUGCAGCAGUACCUGACGGGUCUCGGCUUCCUGCCGCAUCCUGAGGAUUAUGGACGACCAGGGAUCCACGGAGAGGAAGACAACGUUCAGAAUGAAGACGUCAAGUCGAGCAGUAAUUUGGAGCCGAGCCGAUCCAAACCCCAGCAGGGCUGGAAGGAGACCACUUUGUACAGCCUCCAUAAAGGAGACGGCAAACCUCCCGUCACCAAGGUCUUCACCAAGAGCGGGGAGGGCAGACACCCAGGGUUCAGCACGACCGUCUCCAAACAGGACCCCGAGAGGAGCAAGCUGCUGUCCAGCCAGCUGGGGCGCCUUCUCUCUGAAACACCGAGCGCCCAGCAGGCCAGCAGGGGCGGCGCGGCCGAGUGGCCUGAAGGUAAAGUCCACUACCUGAGCUACGUCCGGCCUGCUCCCGGCGAGAACGCACAGCCGCAGUCCAAGGUGGCGUUUACCUCCAAAAGCGAGAGGCCCAAUCUAGACCGACUUCUGCUGAAGGCCGGAUCGAACCGCCCGAACGCCAAAGAGCCGCUCGGUGUCAUGGAUGAUCGGUUCAUCCAGAAUAUGGUGAACCAGCUGGGUAGACACAGCGUCCACAUGGAGGCUCUGAUGGGCGAUGAUCUGGACCAGCUAGCUCAGGUACUCACAGGAAGGCUGCACGAGGAGCGGCCUGUGGUCGUGGUCCGGCCAGGACCAGGAGCUGCUGAACUGAAGGGGGGUAAAGACGGUAACGGGGAACCAGCAGCCGCCAUGAAUCAAGACCAGGACCUUAAAGCAGACAAGGGGCUCGAGCUAAAGCAGAAAGACGCAGCGAUAAUGAAACAGCCAGGCCAACAAGAAGAGGCUGCAGACGAGGGGCCUGUUGACAAGCAUGAGGCCUUCUUCUCCAAGCUGCUCGACUACCUUAACCUGGAUCACUUCAGUGAUGCUCCAGAGGUCAACAUGCGUCCAGCCGGUCUGCAGAAAAUGGUCGGGUUGGAGAACGUCCAAAGCCGGACGACGCAGGGCAAAGUUCCCGUACCCCUUCACUGGGAAGAGAAGACCAUCAAGACGCCUGCCAGAGAGGGAUCCACCCUGAGAUUAACCGGAGGUGCAAAGGGGCCGGACGCUCAGGUGGACUCUGAGAUCCAGAGCUGGAUGCGGGGGCAACCAGGCCCGGCGGGGAUCAAGCAGCCGGAGGAGCUGCGGAACAAGGACAUGAAAGUCAAAACUCAGCUGGUCCACAUCGGGGUGAAGGAGUUUGCCAGCAGAGGGAAGGACAGACACUUUGGAUACAUCAUCACCGGCUCAGAUUCCCUGACCAAUGAGCAGGCGUCGGCCCUGAUGGAGCACCUGGCGCAGAGGCUGAACCUCCACGCCGCCGACCUCACCCAGCUCUCCGUCCUGGGUCCAGCGUUGACCUUCAGAAUCGGCCACAACCCUAAGAACAUUUCCACCGCAGAUUUGGUACAAGUUGCAGGUAAGACGUUUUUGUUUUUUUUAUUUGUCAUGGAAGCUAUCGCACAAUAAUCAUGCCAACAACACCCUUCAUUUGGAUUCAUCUCAUUUUCACUGUGCAGACCGCUCUGUCACCGUCUGCGCUUCAGUAAACGAUUACACACAGAUUAGAGUCUCCAGAUACAGUAGAUAGACCUCUGCUCAUCGUGUUCAGACAAACCCCUGUCCCAAAGAAGAUUAUCAACAGUGUGUGAUGACAGAUGACCAUCAAUUACUGAGAUG